AACCGGGAGAAUCCGAAACGAAACCGAGGUGUAAAGUUCGGUCAAAGUUACGAAUCGGGAUGAACUUUUACUGCAUCGAUCGAUAUUUCGAAUUAAAUUUUCAUUUCGUCGAAUUUUCUCUUUAUUUUGCGACUGUGGUAGUGAGAAUCAUUUGAAUAAUAUGUCUUGAAUCGCGAUUUAUUUUAAAUUUAUUUAUUUAUUAAUAGCUCCUCCGACACCUACUUUAAUAUUUUUUUUAUUUGGAAUGGAAAUUCCUUAAAGUUUAAGCUCAUCAUGGCUCACGAAAUAAGCACUGGAAAAUCUAUCUGCAUUUUGGGCACGGUGAUUGCCUGUUUUGCUGUAUUAUGGCCCAAUAUAUUUUACCCCAUGCUCAAAGGCUCUGUGUCUGUCAGCUCAGAUGGAUGUUGCGACGUUUUAUUGGAUAAGGAUGUAAAUGGUGUUAAACUAGUGAAUGAGUUAUGCACAAUGGUAUUGAAGUCGUCGGAUAAGUACAGUAGUAAUUUCUACUUUUCUGCAAAUCGACUCAAUAAGGAUGCUGUUAAAUUAUGCCGAAAUGUUGUACUGGAAACCUGUGAUAUCGACAUCAAUGUUUUAUUAAAAGACAUUAUAUCAUUAGACGUGAAAUAUAAGAAUGUUUUGGUCGAUAUCCGUACCUUUAAUAAGUCACUUUGUUUGAAAUAUCAUUUCGACGUGACUUUGGAUCUUUUGGGUACUCCUCAUAGAGUGAAGAAAUACAAUAUCUCUACGCCUACAAAUUAUUAUCGCCAAGAUCGCAAACCCAGAGCUAAACCUGAAGCUUUACAUCCAGCUUUUAGGAAAACAACACCUCCCAUUCGAAAGGAACGUAUCGAAGAAGAUAUCAUCUAUCACGAUGAAGAUAUUUCGCCUCCAAUUACCACCAUUCAACACGAAGCCAUACCUGGCAAAAAACCACCAGUACCAGGGAUGCGACCAACCGUUGGUGGAAGCGGUUAUGUUGCUCAUCAAAAAGGAAGUGGAACAAUGGGAAUUCUAAUGCCAAUGUACACUAUAGCAAUAGUUGCCUUUUUCACUUACACUAUUCUAAGGACUACUAUAUAUUUACAGCUGCUGAGUAAGAAACAAGAUGCUCAAAGUAAUUUCACGCAUGAUCCAGACUUCUGCAAAAAUGUUUUUAGUAGUAACGACCAUCAUGAAAAAAUCAACUCCAAUAAUGUUGCGGAUCCGGCUUCAAAAUUAGGAUGGCAAGAGAAAGAUAUGAGAGAUAUUGAAAUAGAUCAUUUACGUAGAAGGUUGGCAGAAACAGAGGCUACUAUGGAUCGCAUAGUUAAACAAAUGAAUUUGGUUUCUAUGACAUUAGCGAAGCCUCUAAAUGAGGAGGCGGUUUCCUCAAACGAAGCUAAAGAUGUGAUAAAGGAGAAGCAAGAUGAACCUGUGACGAAAAAAAUUGUUCAAGAAGAACAAUCAGAAAAACCCGAGAAAUUAAACGGCGUUAUAAAAGUUGUCGGAAUGGAACUGAACGAAAGCUGCGAAAACGGUCAACCGUGGAAACGAUCAACAACUCCUCCUCACGUCAAACCAGCUCCUGUUCCUGAAAUACCUCAAGAAAUCUUGUUAUCUGGAAAUGUUCCAGUUAAUUCUGAAAUUCUGAUCAGCGAUGCUCGUACUGAAAACGUUGCCACCGAAUCUUCCGUCAUUUUAGAGAGUAAAGUUACUCUGAAUGUCAUUUCACCUGAUAUUGAUAAUGAAAAAGCGAAUUUAAAUCGCGAAAAGAAUCAUGUAAAUAGUGAUCACAAAACUCAGAAUGGUACCGAAGACCAUAAUGGACGACAUUCCUCACCAGAAGAAGAAGAAGAAUAUGAAGAAGAAAUCAUAGAAGUUGAAGAGGAAGAAACUGAAGAAGAGGAAGUAGAAGAAGUUGAAGAAGUGGAAGAAGAAGAAGAUGAGGAAGAAGAAGUUGAGGAAGAAGAGGAGGAAGAGGUUGAAGAAGAAGAAGAAGAAGAGGAGGUAGAAAUCGAAGUGGAAGAAGAUGAAGAAGUAAGAGAUGGUCUUGAAGUUGAUUUUGAUAAUAAUGAAAUUGUUGCUGGUGGAAAUGACCGGAACGUUAUAGAAUCAAAGGAUGAGGAGCAUACUGAACUAUAAUUUUUGACUUUAAAUUGGUGUUACUUAUUUUCAUUUUUUUAUUCGGUAAGGAGUUAUUUUUAUGGAAGUCAGCAAGCUUGGUUUUCAUUUCAAUAUGUUUUGUUGUUGUUAGACCGUAGUUGUAAGUUGUUCGAAAUAAAUCGCAAUUAAGCUUGUUUUUAUUUUAAUUAAAA